UUUAUCUACCACCUGCAGCAUAAUAUACUUAAAAUAUUUUUCGUUCUCCGCUCACUUACCACUCGCUCAAAAAUCCAACGCGGCGCAUUUCGAAUUAGAGAAGUGGGUACCGCCGACACCGUUUCGUUUACCGAAACACACAUACUCAUACACACGACUACUUCGUCAGAUAGCAGUGAAGAGUCAUAAACAAAUUGUAAAAAUGCACAAUUUAGCUCAUAAUGUUCCAGUGUUGAACUCACCUUCAUCAUUUGUGUAUAAUCAAUUUGGAACUUAUGGAACAACUUAUAAUCAAGUUUGUCAGUCUUCGUUAAUAGCAACAGUCCAACCUCCACCGUCUGUGUCCACUUAUAUUAACUCGAUGGUAACCGCUCAAACAAUUACAACACCAGUUGUUUCCUCAAUGAACACUCAAAUUGUGGAUAGUCGCAAUGUUCUGUCUAGUAUACAGUCAUCGACAAUACCAAUGUUUUCAAUUAACAGUCGUCCAAACACAUCAACCAGAGAACAACAUUCGAAUACUAGAACAACCAAUCCAAUUUUGUUUAACAAUUCAACCAUGCAGCAACAACCGUUUUCCACGCAUCAUGCUAUAUUAGCAGAGUCUCUCCAAUUAUCAAUACCAGCGCAUCAAAACAGAAUAAUUUCAUCAAACCGAGAUCCAGCUACGUUCAAUAAUGUUUCAACACUACAUCGUAUAGUCCCUUACCAAGCGAUGUUUAAUCAAUUUACUACUGGAAUGCCAAAUACUUCUCGACAUAAUAUCACUUUUGGACCUGAAGGCAGUAAUUUGUUUAUUUACCAUUUACCACAAGAGUUUAGUGACAACGAACUAACUCAUAUGUUUAUGCCAUUCGGUCAAGUGCUAAGCUCAAAAGUAUACAUAGAUAGGGAAACGAAUCAAAGCAAAUGUUUCGGUUUUGUAUCAUUCGAUACCAACAAGUGCACAAACUGCCAUUCAAGUAAUGAAUGGUUUUCAAAUAUGCCAGAAGAGGUUAAAAGUACAAUUAAAACGCCCAAAGGAAAAAAAUGCUAGUAGAAUUUAUUUUUAAAUGUAAUUUAUUUAUCAAAUUUGA